GUUGGUGCUGGCCCUUCCGGGCUGGCUACAGCGCUGACCCUCCUUCGGAAUGGUGUUCCGGUGCAAAUCAUCGAGAAGAAUGUUGAGCAUAGACGGGGCCAGCGGGGUGCUGCGAUGAUGCCUCGAAGUCUUGAGAUCUAUGAUUUUCUAGAAGUACCUGAAAUGAGACUGCAAGGUUCACCGGCAACUCCCAUAAGGACCUACGACAAGGGUGGAAUCAACCCCCUCCAGACAAUGCCGAUGUUUGAGCACCAAGAAGUAACCCCGGGAACUCCCUAUGUAGAUUGUCUUUUCCUUGGUCAAGAGUUUAUCGAGAAGAAUCUGCGCAAUCAUCUUGCAAAACUCUCUUGCACUAUAGAGCUCGGCACAGAGUUGCAAUAUCUACAGCAAUUUGAGGACUACGUCGAGGUUGAACUCACUCGUACUUGCGAUGGAAAAGUGACGAUGGAGAAGAUUUCAGCUUUAUGGGUUAUCGGGGCUGAUGGCGCUAGAGGUGUGUCAGUGUCCUGUGAACAACGUCUUACAACAAGAGCCAACUCUGUCCAGACGUCUGCUGAGGUUUUCGGCCUUGUACAGAUUCUGUCUCGAUCUCACUCAGCCUGCCGGGCAUUUUAUAUGUUUUAUUCGCAAAUAUUAUUACAUCAUCAACCCAUCCGGCCAUAUUCUGGACCGCCUAACAUCCGAAUGACCAAGAACUUCAGAAAAGGAAGAGUAUUUUUAGUUGGGGGUACCGUUCAUAGCCCUACAGGAGGCCAAGGCCUCAACUCUGCCAUCCAGGAUGCUAUCAAUCUCGGAUGGAAGCUUGCCUUGGUCAUUAAUGGCGACUCAAAGGAGACACUUUUGGAUACCUUUAGCGAAGAGCGCGUGCCAGUCAUCUCGCAAAUGCUCAGGCUCACCACAGAAUCCUUGAACGGUACCAUCAACGCGGAUCGAACGAGGACAGCGACUAGCUUCACGCGAACUCCUAAGUCCGCCCGUCCGACACCAUCGCCUCUGAACCUAUGGCAUGGGCUGAUGCUUGGAAUCAACUACAGGGGGAGUCGUGGCGUCAUCGACGAUUGGCCCAUUGACAAGGGCGAGCUCGGAUCUGAUCCUUACGGAUACCUUUCCACCGGCUCACUGCAUGCUGGUGAUAGAGCACCAGACUCUCGUGGUUUGAUCUCGUAUCCGGAUCACAAUCAGCAUACUCUUUUCGGGAUAUUUAGAUCAUAUCACCAUACAGUCCUCAUCUUCAUCCCUCAAGAGAGCAAGGCGGAAUCCGUUGUCUGUGCGCUCUCUGGCUAUCCAAAACAUCUUGUGCGCGUGGUGGUGAUCCAUCCUCAACCAGGCACGGGCUCGGUUGAAGGCGCCGACUUGCAGCUCGAGGACAAGGAGGGUCAUACGCUCACGAACUAUGGAGUCUCUCGGGACGAUAGUUUGCGAAUCGCUGUUGUAAGACCUGACGGAGUGGUGGGAGAUUUGGUGAAGACCGAGGAAAGCAUGAAACAUUACUUUGACUUUGUCUUUCAGUGA